CCCAUGCAUGAGGCAUGGGCCAGUGUUUCCUCUCUUCUGUUGUUGAUACAGACUCUCCUCCUGUUCCUUAUUCCGGCUGUUGUUGCUGCUGCUACUGCUGUCUGGAACCCACGACUACUUCUCUUCCACCCAGUUCCUCUCCUCGCGGUGCUCCUUUCCCUAUUACUCAUCACGACUUAUCCGCUACCAUUGAAACAACCACCAUAGCUAUUCCGAAAAUCGGCAUCAGUGUUGUCCCUCUUGGCCACUGCUGUUCUCACCACCACCACCAGCUGAAGUGAGCGCCGACGGCAGCUUCGGCUUCACCUAUGAUGAGCGCCCUCCCCACCUCUCUCCCUCGUAACUUCGACCGCUACAAUGAGGUCUUCGGUCUCCAGCGGAAGACAUCCUUCGAGUUCAAGAACCUGACCAAACGGGAUGCACAGACACAGCUGGCCCACGAGCUGCAGAAGCAGCUGCAGACGUGUCCCAGGCACCUGAAGGAGGCCGUUGAAAGGGAUCUUGGCAGCUUCGAGAACCUCUUCGCGCGCUUCAUCAACGAGUCCGCGCCCUCCGUCGAGUGGGAGAGGAUCGAAAAAUUGCAAGAAGGAUCAGUCCGGGAGUACUCUGAGCUCCAAGGCCCUGAGGUGAGCGCCGUGAGGUCCAUGCUGGAGAAGCUGGUGGUGGUCAAACUCAACGGUGGCUUGGGCACCUCCAUGGGCUGCCAGGGACCAAAGUCCAUCAUCCCCGUCCGCUCAGACCUGACCUUCAUGGACCUGACCGUGCAGCACAUCGAGCACCUCAACAAGACCUACAGCUGCCAGGUCCCGCUCGUUCUUAUGAACUCCUUCAACACCGACGAGGAAACCCAGAAGGUCAUCCGGAAAUACCAAGGAUUUCAGGUGGAGACGCACACCUUCAACCAGUCUCGCUACCCGAGGAUCAACAAGGAGUCCCUCAUGCCGGUCCCGAAGACCUGCGGCGCUGACGACAACCUCGAGGGGUGGUAUCCACCAGGUCACGGGGACUUCUAUCAAUCCUUCCGCAGCUGCGGUUUAUUGGACUGGUUUAUCAGCCAGGGGAAGGAGUACGUGUUCCUCAGCAACAUCGACAACCUGGGCGCCACCGUCGAUCUUGGCAUUCUGAACUUCCUGCUGAGGGGCCAGCCCUCGGACCACUGUCCGUUCCUCAUGGAGGUCACCGACAAGACCAGAGCUGAUGUCAAGGGAGGCACACUUAUCAGGUACGAGAACCAGAUGAGGCUGCUGGAGAUAGCUCAGGUGCCCAAGGAACACGUCGACGACUUCAAAUCCGUCAAAACCUUCAAGAUCUUCAACACCAACAACCUUUGGAUUAAACUGAGUGCGAUAAAGGAGGUGCUGGAGGGCGGGACGCUGGACAUGGAAGUGAUCGUCAACAACAAGACGCUUGACAACGGCCUCAACAUCAUCCAGCUGGAGCAGGCCGUCGGCGCCGCCGUGAAGUGCUUCUCAGGCGCUCUGGGAAUCAACGUGCCCCGCUCUCGCUUCCUGCCGGUGAAGAAGACAGACGAUCUGCUGCUGGUAAUGAGCAACUUGUAUCGCCUGCAGCAGGGAGCACUCACCAUGUCGCCGCUCCGCAUGUUCGAUACCACGCCCUUGGUCAAGCUGGGCUCACACUUCACCAGAGUGAAGGACUUCCUGGGGCGGUUCUCCUCCAUCCCAGACAUGCUGGAGCUGGACCACCUGACCGUCUCCGGUGACGUCACCUUCGGCAAGGGGGUCGUCCUGAAGGGGACCGUCAUCAUUAUCGCCAACCAUGGAGACCGUAUUGACAUACCCACAGGCGCCAUACUGGAGAACAAAAUCGUAUCGGGUAACCUUCGGAUUUUGGACCACUAACUGAUGGCAUACAGAGAUAAUAUACACCGAAAGGUGUACCCCCAUUUCGCGGUGUGUAUACUCUGAGAGUUUACUUUAACUCUGAACUAUAUUCAGGACUCAAGCAUACUCUCCAGUCGGUCAGUCUUGGACACCUUAAGAGCCCUUCACAGGCUGAUAUAGGCCAUAAGCCCAACACCAAACUAAUCAACUAGCUGAUUAAAUUCUCGCUUAGGAUAACAAAUUUAUAAAGAAAUAUCUAAUAAAAGCUGUUUAUUAA